AAAUUUCAGGUAGCUUUCCAAAACAAGGCCUGAAAAUAUUUUUCAGAACUAAAAAUAGCUGUAUUGAUAAUUCGGGUCGUGAAACUACCGAGUUCGGACCGCAGACGCCAUUAACAAUCCCUGCGUUCCCCUGCUUGCCGGAGAACUACCAGGACGGAGUGAAAAUCAGUAAUUCUCUUUCAAUUUUGUUUAUCCAGUGCACCAUAGGUAUAAUUUCUCUACCGUGAAACUCAUUAUCAAUUUCUUUGUUCAACAAUAAUCACUCUCCACAUAUUAUCCCCAAUUUGAAUCGCUCGGAUUCUUUUUUAAUACCCAGUUGCUUCUUAAUUCCCCUUUUUGGGUUCUUUCUUUCAUUUAAGUUGAUAAAAAUUGUGUCUUUCACUGUACUAUGUACUUGAAAGAAGGAUGUUCCUUAUUGUUGAAAGUCCAAAAAAGGUCUCUUCCUUUAAUCCUCAACAAUGUAAAUGCAAGUUUCAAUGUUGAUCAAUUUAAUGGUGGUAAAACUCCCGUUGAGCUCAAAGAAUUUGAUGUAUUAAAGAGAUUGAAAUAUGAAGAAAAUAUUUCAAAUGCUUUAGAGUAUUUCAAAUGGGUUGCUAAUUCAACAUUUUUCAAGCACACCCCUUUAACAUAUAAAGUAAUGAUGGAAAAACUUGGGCAACACCAGGAGAUGGAUAGUGUUCAAUACCUCUUGCAACAGAUGAAAUUAGAAGGUAUUAGUUGUUCCGAAGAUAUAUUUAUCAGUGUGAUUGAUUCGUAUAGGAGAGGUAACGCAGCAGAGCAAGCAUUGAAGACAUUCUACAGGAUACAGGAUUUUGGGUGUAAGCCUACAGUUAGGAUAUAUAAUCAUCUGUUAGAUGCUUUGCUUAGUGAGAAUAGGUUUCACAUGAUUAAUCCUAUUUAUAAUAACAUGAAGAAAGAUGGGGUUGUUCCCAAUGUGUAUACUUAUAACAUUCUUUUGAAAGCAUUGUGCAAGAAUAAUAGGGUAGAUGGAGCUCUGAAGUUACUCGUGGAAAUGUCGAACAAGGUGUGUUCUCCUGAUGAAGUGAGCUAUACAACAAUUGUGUCUUCCUUGUGUAAGUUUGGUAAAGUAAGAGAAGCCAGAGAAGUAGCCAUGAGAUUCACUCCCACUGUUCCUGUUUAUAAUGCUCUGAUAAAUGGGCUUUGUAAGGAAUAUAAUACUAAGGAGGCAGUUGAUUUGUUGAAUGAGAUGGCUUACAAGGGAGUUGAUCCUAAUGUCAUCACGUACACUACCCUUUUAAAUGCAUUUGCUGACCAAGGAAAUAUUGGUCUUUCUUUUGCUAUGCUGAGUAAGAUGUUUGUUAGUGGCUGUUCUCCAAAUAUUCAUUCGUUUACUUGUUUGAUUAAGGGAAAUUCAUUAUUGGGACAAUGGUAUGAAGCUCUUCAUGUGUGGGAUGGUAUGAUCAAAGAGGGAAUUUUGCCCAAUGUUAUAGCAUAUAAUGCACUUCUCCAUGGUCUGUGUUUGGCUGGUAAUACGAAUAUGGCUCUGUCUGUUUAUAGUGCAAUGGAAACAAGUGACUGCCUUCCAAAUUCGACAACCUACAGCACCCUCAUUGAUGGAUUUGCCAAAUCCGGAGAUGUGAUUAAAGCAUCUGAGAUAUGGAAUAGGAUGAUAAAUCAUGGUUGCCAUCCAAAUGUUGUUGUAUAUACAUGUAUGGUUGAUGUACUCUGCAGGAAUUUCAUGUUUGAACAAGCUUACAGUCUUCUAGAUGACAUGGUAAUAGAAAAUUGCCCACCAAAUACCAUUACUUUUAACACAUUUAUCAAAGGUUUGUGUUGUAGUGGUAGAAUUGAAUGGGCAGUGAUGCUAUAUUAUCAAAUGGAAAGAUUUGGUUGCUCAGGUAAUACUACCACAUAUAAUGAGUUGUUGGAUGGGUUGUUCAAAUGUAACAACCUGACGGUAGCACUUCAGCUUGUUAGGGAAAUGGAGGAAAAAAAUAUUGAAUUUAAUUUAGUCACGUACAACACUAUAGCAUCUGGUCUCUGCCAUAUGGGGAUGCUUGAGGAAGCCGUAAAACUUGUGGCAAAAAUGCUGGUUAGGGGAAUUAGACCUGAUGUUCUCACGUUCAACAUACUUAUGAAUGCGUACUGUAAGGGUGGUAAGGUUGAAUCUGCAAAACAACUUCUGAAUGCUAUGAGUCAAGUCGGCUUGCGUCCAGGUUUCAUAUCCUAUACCUGUCUGAUAGAUGGACUGUGCAGUUGGGUUGGUCUGGAAGCUGCAAUCUGUUGCCUCCAGAAGAUGAUAAAUGAUGGCAUUCCACCCAAGAUAUCGACAUGGAAUGUUCUGGUCCGUCAUUUGUUUAGCAAGAUUGGCUAUGGAAGUGCACUAGAAUAUCUAGAUAGUAUAUUGGCAGCAGACUGAAGGUGUGAACUUGCUUCAUCAGACUGGAAUGAUGAAUAUGCGUAAAAACCUUCACUAUGGAUAUAAACGGCAGUAGUUGCAGUGAAAGAAAUUUUACGAUGGAGGGGUCCUUCACCAGACCUGAAUUGACGAAGUGGCAUUAACAACUUGUUUAGGCAUAUAUGGCUAAUUUUGCAGGUGAAUCCUAAUUUCAUUUGCUGUUGAUUUGAGGAUUUUGGAGAACCAUGAAAAGAUAUUGCAGUUUGGAAGAAGUUUCAUGAGAAACCCUUGUCAAGGGUAUCUUUUUGAGGUGUCCAAGGAUUGACACAGGUCAGAACCGGGAACCAGACACAUGAAAUGGCAGCCAUAUUUUUGUAGGACACUGAUCUUUUUGGCAUGAAUAUUUGCAAGAGGCAUUAUGCAUAGAGUGAGAAAGGGUAAUUCGCUGUAAACAAAGGUGGGUUUUGCUAGAAGAACAAAACAAGUCAGCGAUAGAAAAAUUCAUCAUAUGUGUUGGCUUAUUCGGAAACACUAUUUUUUUUUUAAUCUUUUGGCCCUUUUUCCUGUUCUAUCAUGGGAUAUGUAACCUGAAAUUCUGUUCUUGAUUGCCUAAAGAGAACAGGUGUAGUAAUUUUUUUUUCCUUUAUUUCUGUUACAAGCUUUUUACCUGGUUUGUGUUUCACCUU